UAUCUAUGUAGUAAAUAUCGAUUACUUUUAGAACUGUACUUAUAUACUUUGCAAUAUAAGACACAUGUGUUAUAUAGUAAAAGGAAUAUUCUUCGUUGGCGUCUUAUCGAUUUGGGAUUGUGUAGGAGUAUUUUCAAGAUCAAUGCUGAUCAAAUCAUGGACAAGAAUUGGAUGCCUAAAGUCGAUUUGAAGAAAGAUAGUGCUAAAAUAAAAAAUCUUCAUAUUACCUUAAUGAACGAGAUAGAAAAACAGAACUCUGAAAGAGUGAAAGAUUUGAUUAAAAUACGACGAUCAAAUAGAAUACUUGGUUGUAUUUUAGGAGGUACAGUUUUUUCAAUCUAUUUUUAUACAAUAUAUUCGGUAAAGCAAGAAAAGUUCUUAGAUGAUUUGAAUGAACCUGAGAAAGUAAUCAUACCAUCUCAAACCAAUGCAUAAAUUAUUUCUAAAAUUUGUUGACUCGAUUAGU